AUGCGCUGCUGCUACUGCUUGCUGAAGCUGCUGCUCCCACUCGAGCCGCCCACGCGCGCACACACUCGCCGGCGCCGUUGGCAACUCGCGUGCGCGCCCCCGACGCGGCCUCGUCCCCUGCUGCUCGCCCACGUGCCAAGCCUGCCGCCGCCACCCGCUGUCGCUCAGGCCACCCGCCCUGCUGCUGCACAUCGCCGUCUCCGCCCCCGCACCUGCCCGCCUCCUCCUCUCAGCGCUGCCGACGCCUCCCUCGCCCUGCUCCUGCCCCAUGUUCGUCGUGACCCGGCGCGCCCGUGCCUCGCUAUCACGCGCCCGCAGCCUCCCUCUCACGCGCGCCCCACACCCCUGCUCGUGCGCCCCCGCCCGCGGCCGCGAUGCCCAACCAUGCCGCUCGCGACCCAUGGACGCACCCCCGUCACCUCCUGCCAGCCACUGCUGCUGCCCCGCGCCUCCGGCAACAGCCGCGCUGGCGUCCCGCUGCGGACCCUACCGUCUCCUUCGCGCGCCCCUCCCGCCUCCUCCGCGCACCCCGGGAGGGCUCUACACCGCCCCUGGCCGUGCCCCUCCCGCGCGGCACUAGCCGCCGGCACCCCAUCAGGGCAACGGCGCCCCUACCCCGUCGUUCUCGCGCCCGACGUCCACCCUGCCGCCUCAGACUGUGCCAGGAGCACCGCCUCCACCGUCUUCGUAGACUACGUGGACGCAUCGGAGCUCGGGACCCAUGCCUCGCGCGGAUCGAGCUGUUCCCUUCUCUGUAUCGCCACCUCUUGCACGUGGACGCCGCCGCCACCGGAGCCACCUCGUCGGACCGCCUCCCCGUCUCCAUCAACGCACGUCGUCCCCGUCCUCCUCCUCGACAACCGCUGCCAUUUUCCCUGCAACACUGGUGAGGACCCCGGUCCUCCUCCUCCCCGUGCCCUCACGUCGGCGUUCGCCCGCGCCACCGCAGCCGUCCCGUGCCCGCACGCGCCCGCGGACCACUACCGCCCGAGGUCGCACCCUGGUCCUACUUCCCCCUCCCCUGUGCGAUGCGCAGCUGAUGCUCCCGCUCGAGCCGCCCGCGCGCGCACACGCUCGCCGGCGCCGUUGGCAACUCGCGUGCACGCCCCCGACGCGGCCUCGUCCCCUGCUGCUCGCCCACGUGCCAAGCCUGUCGCCGCCACCCGCUGUCGCUCAGGCCACCCGCCCUGCUGCUGCACAUCACCGUCUCCGCCCCCCGCGCCUGCCUGCCUCCUCCUCUCAGCAGCGCCGACGCCUCCCUCGCCCUACUCAUGCCCCAUGUUCGUCGUGACCCGGCGCGCCCGUGCCUCGCUGUCACGAGCCUGCAGCCUCCCUCUCGCGCGCGCCCCCCACACCCCGGCUUGCGCGCCCACGCCCGCGGCCGCGACGCCCGACCAUGCCGCUCGCGACCCAUGGCCGCGCCCCCGUCGCCUCCUGCCGGCCACUGCAGCUGCCCCGCGCCUCCGGCAACAGCCGCGCUGGCGCCCCGCCGCGGCCCCUCUCGUCUCCUUCGCGCGCCCCCUCCCGCCUCCUCCGCGCACCCCGGGGGGCUCUACACCGCCCCUGGUUGUGCCCCUCCCGCGCGGCACUGGCCGCCGGCACCCCAUCGGGUCCGGCUGCUCGCCGUGGCCCCGCGUGUGGGUCCCGCUGGACCCACAGGCCAGGUUUGACUCUGGUCAGCUGGGUUUGACCUGUUGA